GUGUCAGAAUCCAUAGAAAUCCAAAUACAACAUGGGCAUUCCAACUGUGCUAGCUUUACCUUAUCCAGCACAAGGUCAUGUCAAUCCCCUGAUGACUCUCUCACAGAAGUUGGUUGAGCAUGGAUGCAAAGUCUUUUUUGUGAACACAGACUUUGACCACAAGCGAGUGGUGAGUUCCAUGGUGGAGCAACUAGAUAGCCUUGACGAAUCACUACUGAAGUUGGUCUCAAUCCCUGAUGGUUUAGGACCUGAUGAUGAUAGAAACGAUUUGAGCAAGUUAUGUGAUUCUUUGCUGAACAACAUGCCUGCUAUGCUUGAGAAGCUCAUAGAGGAUAUUCACUUAAAAGGUGACAAUAGAAUCAGCCUUAUUGUUGCGGAUGUGUGCAUGGGAUGGGCGUUGGAUGUUGGGAGUAAAUUGGGAAUCAAAGGAGCCCUGUUGUGCCCUUCAUCAGCAGCUUUUUUUGCCCUGCUGUACAACGUCCCUAGGCUUAUUGAUGAUGGGAUCAUAGAUUCUGAUGGUGGAUUAAGAAUAACUACUAAAAGGACAAUUCAGAUAUCACAAGGUAUGCCUGAGAUGGACCCGGGAGAGCUUUUUUGGUUGAAUAUGGGUAACACCAUAAAUGGUAAGAUAGUACUCAAUUAUCUGAUGCAGUGUACACAGAGAUUGAAUAUGACAGAAUGGUGGCUUUGCAACACCACAUAUGAACUUGAACAUGCGCCAUUAUCAUCUAUUCCUAAGCUUGUACCAAUUGGUCCUUUGUUGAGAAGUUAUGAUGAUACAAUUGCAACUGCAAAAACAAUCGGACAAUAUUGGGAAGAAGAUCUAUCCUGCAUGAGUUGGCUUGAUCAACAACCUCAUGGUUCUGUCUUGUAUGUUGCCUUUGGUAGUUUCACUCAUUUUGACCAAAACCAAUUCAAUGAACUAGCUCUUGGACUUGACCUCACCAAUAGACCUUUUCUUUGGGUUGUGCGUCAAGACAACAAGAGGGUAUACCCUAAUGAAUUCUUGGGGUGUAAAGGUAAGAUUGUGAGUUGGGCUCCUCAACAAAAGGUGCUAAGCCACCCUGCUAUAGCAUGUUUUGUCACCCAUUGUGGUUGGAAUUCUACCAUAGAAGGUGUGUCCAAUGGGUUGCCUCUCUUGUGUUGGCCAUAUUUUGGAGACCAAAUAUGUAACAAAACGUACAUUUGUGAUGAGUUGAAGGUUGGGUUGGGUUUUGACUCGGAUAAAAAUGGACUCGUGUCACGAAUGGAGUUAGAAAGGAAAGUGGACCAAAUCCUUAAUGAUGAGAACAUAAAAUCAAGGUCUCUGGAAUUGAAGGAUAAAGUCAUGAACAACAUAGCCAAAGCAGGUCGUUCGUUAGAGAACCUUAAUAGGUUUGUCAAGUGGCUUAAAGAAUAAGGAUUGACAUUUUAUGCAUCUGUAUUAUUUAUGUUAGCUGAAAGAAAUCAUAUCAAAGUUGAUGCAGUAAGCUUUUCAAGCGAUUAAAAUGUCUACAAGGUGCCCAAAAAUGAAGAUAUAUAUGGCCAUGAAACUGAAACAAAAUUUAGUAAGCUUUUCAAGUGAUUGAAAUGUUUACAAGGUCACUUUCUUUGUUUUAGUCGUCGGGAUGCUUUAAGACAAAGACAGAUAAUGUAAUCUAGUAUCCUUUCUUCUUUUCAUUUGAUAUAUAUAGUCUUGUAUGACAUUGUAUUCAAGUUAAGAGUAUCUCUUAGUACUUUAAUUCUUAAAUAUGUUUUUCUUAUAAAAAAAAUCACGAAAACUCAUUAAGAUGUAAAUAUUUCUUUUUAUAUAUUUAAAGAAAUACCAUAGUCAAUAUCAAAACUGAUGCAAAACAGAUAAAAAACAUUGCUCCAAACUAGUAUAUCAUUCUUGGAUUCCAAGGCACAUCUCAAUUACACAGCCUACUCUGAGCAUUAUUUCACUUUUUUCUGCAAUUAACCUCACAGUGACUUUACAAAAUCUAGUUAACUAACAUUAGUUAAUGGAGUCCAGUGGCAUCAAUUGAUUCAUGUGGCCAAACCUACUCAACCCAGUAAGUGGGAUAUAGUAGCAGAGAGGUUCAAUUUCUAUCUACUGAACCUACUUUGCAAGUAAGUAACAGAGAGGUUUCCUUUCUAUCUCUGCCUCUCACAUACCUAACUAAUAUAUGGAAUAUGUUGUAUCAGUUAUUUCUCAAAACUUUAAAUAACCAGUGUUUGAAAUGAAUUAACUUAACUGUGCUGAAUAUGCAGAAAUAAAACUUGGGGUUUGAUUGUAAGAUUUUUUUUUUUGCCAAGGGUACUGUUGCUUACUUGAGACCAUUUAUGUUGUUAAAUAGAUAACACCUCUAUGCAGCAGAAAAGAGUACAACAAAGCCAAUGGAAAAGGUUUAUAUUCAGGUCAGGUGUAGCACAGGUUAAAGUUCACAUACAGUUUCUGAUAGUACAUUGGGAACGUACCUUGGAUCUGUAAAGGCAGUUUUAAUUUUAGUUUGAAUAAGUCAAUUGAUAAGAAUAUGUUAUUCUGCCGUUAGUGAAUUAGUUAGUUUCAGAUUUUAUUGUUUAGUUAAUAGAAGCUCCCAAAAUCACAAACAUGAUUUCUAUUCAGUUGUAAUUUUUUUAUACAGCUGAAAUUACAAACACUGGAAAGAAGAAAAACAAGACACAAGCUAUCUACUCCUUAAAAAAUAACUACUCCAAAGCGCAUCAGCCAAAGAAGGCUUCAUUAAGCCUGGUGCACAGAAUGUAGUUGUCUCUGCUACAUCAGGCAAAGAACAUAUGAAGAUGGAGUUUUGAACUCAGUUGGACAAAGCAACCUUGCGGGGUGACAUGAUUAUACAUUUGAAAGAGCUGAAAACAAAUGCAACACAAGCUAGUGAAGGCCUAAUGAUACCAAAGAACAAUGAUAAAAUAAGAGUCGAAGAAGGAGGAUUUCUACAUUCAGUUCUUUAUCUAUAAGAGAUUUCUUAUAAGAACUUUUCUUUUUAAAUGUGUAAUUUAAAUCUCCAUAUGCAUAGCAUAUAUCUAAAUAUGAUGAGGGAGUGAGUGAGAUUAGCAAAUAGCAAUUUCACUUGUUAGAGAAGCUGUACAUUCUGAAAAUCAUGUGAAUCUGGUUGUACA